UUGCUUAGGGAUUGAAGAAUAAUACGUCGUUAACCACAUUAUUAAUGAUAAUCUAAACGAAGAAAAAAUAGUCGACUUAUAGUUUUUGACUGUUUGUCCGCACAAUUCUUCAGAUCAUAUAUUCUAGUGUUCGUUGACUGUCCGGUCAAAAGGCAUUUAUAGACAAUCCUUAAGCUUACACUCCAUUCUCUUCUCUCUAUUAGUUCAUUCAGUUUAUGUCAGUCUUUGCCUAUCUCUCUCUUUCUCUCUUUCUCUCUCUCUCUCUCUCUCUCUCACUGACUGUCUCUAACUAUAAACUACUGUCACAUACAUUGGAUGCCAACCAUUAUAACUGUUGUUAUUAUAUAAACAAUUUUUCUGAUAUAUAACUGUAAUAUAAUUGUGUGACGAAGUGGCGAUCUUUGAACUGUUGGUUCAAACAAUUGUUUUGAUUACAUAUCGAUUUUCUAUUGUAAUCACACCUGUAUUUUGGUCACAAAAGUGAUGAAUGACGACAAUGCGGCCACAAAUGUCUUACAGACAACUGGUGUCGUCACCAACUCACAGGUCGUACAUGUGAACCCUCAAAGUGCAGCAAAUAGUAUACCGACUGUCCAUCCGAUUGGUCAAAAUACUAACACUCACGGAGUUAUUGUUCCGCCGCCGCAACUCAUGGGACUUAACCUACAGGUGUCAGAUCCUAACGGAGACAUAUCAAUAUCUGGUCACUUAAACGGUGGCCAGAAUUCGCCGCCCAGUGGUCUACAGCAGCCGUGCGCUAUAUGUGGUGACAAAGCAACCGGCAAACACUACGGCGCCUUCAGUUGCGAUGGCUGUAAGGGUUUCUUUCGACGUUCAGUCCGUAAGAACCAUCAGUACACGUGUCGGUUCAAUAGGAACUGUGUUAUCGAUAAAGACAAACGAAAUCAAUGUCGGUAUUGUCGGCUGAAGAAGUGUUUCAGAGCCGGUAUGAAAAAGGAGGCUGUCCAAAAUGAGAGGGACCGCAUCACAUGUCGACGACCCAGUUAUGAUGACUCGGCCAACAACGGCGGCACUUCCAUCAAUGCACUCGUUCACGCAGAGAUGUAUGCACGGCAGGUGUGUAUAACAAUGAUUGUACCGCAACCCAUUGAAACCAAUUAUCAAACAAAAAAGUUGGCCACAAUUCAUGAUGUAUGCGAGUCAAUGAAACAGCAGCUCCUGGUGCUCGUUGAAUGGGCCAAAUGCAUACCAGCUUUUAUGGAUUUGCAAAUCGAUGAUCAGGUGGCCUUACUUCGUGGUCACGCUGGAGAACAUCUACUUUUAGGACUUUCCAGAAGAUCUAUAUCUAUAAAUGACAUUUUAUUGUUAGGAAAUGAUUUUGUAAUACCGAGACAUUCAACAGAUCCCGAGAUACAUAAAGUAGGAAAUCGGAUAUUAGAUGAGAUUGUGGCCGUCAUGCGGGACGUCCGUAUGGAUGACAGUGAAUUCGCGUGCCUUAAAGCCAUCGUUUUCUUUGAUCCGACAGCUAAAGGUCUUAAUGAUCCACAAAAAGUCAAACUCCUCAGACAUCAGGUGCAGACACUACUCGAAGACUAUAUUAAUGAUCGACAAUACGACUCAAGGGGUAGGUUUGGCGAGAUAUUGCUGCUAUUGCCGUCUCUUCAGAGCAUAACCUGGCAAUUGAUCGAAAUGAUUCAAAUCCAGAAGCUAUUAGGAACGGCCAAAAUCGAUAAUCUGAUCCAAGAGAUGCUUUUAGGAGGUAAUGUAAACACAGCCAACAAUGCAUCGCAACCACAGAUAUCAUGGCAGAGAAACCAUUCGCUAUGGCAGGGAUCAUACCCCAGACAGUCAUUUCCUGAGAGCACUUCCAACUCAUCAUCAAAUGUAAUGCCUAAUACAUCAGCUAAUCAAUCAUCAAAUGGACAACCAAUUAAUGUCCAUUCGGUCAGCGGUGGCGUCAAUGGUGUCAACACUUAUAUACCAAACAAUUCUCAUAACUCGAUGUCCAACGGCUAUCAGUCGGACAUCAUGUCAAACGGUCACAGCUCUGACACAUCAAUCCCUUCACCAACCGAUGAUUCAUAUAAAGUACAAUCAAAUCCAUUAUCUUUCAAACGAGAGUCCAUUGAAUCGGAUAUUAACUCGUUUUAAAACUAUUGUUUUGUCCUCAAAUUUAUUUGUAAUCAAAACUCUCAUUGAAAUCAAAGCCUAAUAACUAUUUUUGUGUAUAAUUUAAUUAAUUGAAUGCAUAAUCAAUUCAAAUACUAGUUUUUGACGCUAAGAAAUAUUUUUUAUUUAAAAAAAAUUUUCAUAUAAUGU